GUUGGUAGUUUCUGCCUGUCCGAAGCGGAGUCGGGGAGCGAUGCCUUCUCUCUGAAGACGCGUGCUGACAAACACGGGGACUACUACGUCAUCAACGGUUCCAAGAUGUGGAUCAGUAAUGCAGAGCAAGCUGGGGUGUUUCUGGUGAUGGCCAACGUGGACCCGUCUGCUGGGCACAGAGGUAUCACCUGCUUCAUCGUGGACAGAGACACCGAGGGGCUUCAGAUCGGCAAGAAGGAGAACAAACUGGGUCUGAGAGCUUCUUCAACCUGUCCUCUCAACCUGGAUAACAUCAAGGUUCCUGAGAAGAACAUCUUGGGUCAGAUCGGCCACGGAUACAAGUACGCCAUCGGCAUGCUGAAUGAAGGCAGGAUUGGGAUCGCUGCUCAGAUGCUGGGACUGGCUCAGGGCUGCUUCGACCAGGCCGUUCCCUACACCAGACAGAGGGUUCAGUUUGGCAAACGCAUCUUCGACUUCCAGGCCAUGCAGCACCAGAUAGCCCAUGUAGCCACCCAGAUAGAGGCUGCCAGGUUGCUUACCUACAACGCUGCCCGGCUGAAGGAGGCAGGAAGACCUUUCAUCAAGGAGGCCUGCAUGGCCAAGUACUUCACCUCAGAGGUGGCAACGUUGACCACUUCAAAAUGCAUCGAGUGGAUGGGAGGGGUCGGCUUCACCAAAGACUACCCUGUUGAGAAAUACUACAGAGAUUGUAAAAUAGGUACCAUUUAUGAGGGCACAACCAACAUCCAGCUGUCCACCAUGGCCAAGUUUAUAGACAAGGAGUAUGACCACUGACCUGGUCUGGUCUGUAUCCUCAUCAUGGAGACUGACCUCCUGACCUGGUCUCCUGACCGUAUCCUCAUCAUGGAGACUGACCUCCUGACCGUAUCCUCAGCAUGGAGACUGACCUGACCUGACCUCCUGACCGUAUCCUCAUCAUGGAGA